AUGCGCUCCUUCUCCGCUUUAUUCGUUGCAUCCGCUGCCUUUGCAGGCUUCGCGUCGGCCCUGGGCAAUCAGACUAUUGAUCCCAACUCUGUAGACUUGUCCACCAGAAAUUCAUGGUGCUUGUCUGAGAAUAACAACUGCCCACUCCUCUGCGGUGGUAGCGGUGAUGUUCAGACGUUAUCUUGCGAUGGUAAUACUUUGCAGUAUCAGUGUGUCUGCACCAACGGUUCCUCGCCUGACGUAGCUGCCUACACGGGCACUCUUCCCUUCUUCAUCUGUCAAGAAUAUGUCAGCCAGUGCAUCACCAACCAUCCCAACGACCUUGACGGUCAAACUGCUUGCCGAAAAGACAAUCCUUGCGGUACUCUGGACCCAACCAAGGUACAGGCUGCGAGCCCCUCGAGCUCAAGCUCGAGCUCGGUCUCAGCCUCUGCAACCAGCGCCUCUUCUACUAGCUCUACGCCGAGUGCCACCAGCGCAACAGCUACCCCCUCGGCUACCCAGAAGGCCCACAACGCCGCCGCCGGUCUGAAUGUGAACUACGCAACAGCCAUUUUCGGUGCUGCAUUGCUCGCCGCUUGUGGCGCUUUUCUCUAA